AUGGCAGCGCGACUCCAGGAACUCUGCACGAUCCUGGUAGAAGACGCCUGCGGACAACUCUGCUCACAAAUAUUCGCUGCACUUGCUGAAAAUGGCCGGCUGUCGCGAGCACAGCUCCAACAAAUCACUCGCACCCGCGGCAAACAGUUACGCCGCGCAUUGGUCGUCCUCUUGCAGCAGCAUCUCGUGCUCUGCCAUACCAGCGAAGCAGGCAUCACCCACUAUCAGGCCGACUGGCGCAAUUCAUACCACCUACUGCGAGCGAAUCGGUUGAGAUUUUUGGUCGAGGAUCGCUAUGGGGCUGGAGCAGCCAAGAUUGUACGCAACUUGAUUCAGUUGGGACAUGCACGGAUUGGAGAUCUAGCCCGGACGUUCGACUUGGAGGAUACGGUUAAGCGUGACAGCGGGGUGGAGGGGUGCAAUGGGCAUGUAAAUGGCGAUGCUAAGGUCAAUGGUUCAGGGCAUACCGCCGGCAAGAUCACCACACUCGGCCAGUUCCACGCCACUCUUCGUGCGCUUCUCCGGGCAGGCUUCUUGUGCAAAUUCGGGAAGAGGAACUUCACACCAGCUGCAGACUUGCAAGCCGAGAUUGAAGAAGUCAUCAUCAGCGAACAAUUUCCCGAUCGAAAGAUCACUGGUCCCAAAAAACAGGCCGAGUUCAGAAUCGCCGUCAACAACCUCAAGCGAAAAUGGCGAGACGCCGAAGAGUUCUCCGAAUUCCGCGAUCUCAACUCGAAUGGCUCCGUACCGGGUAGCUUUGCGAAACGUGCAAAGCUCAAUGGCGGCAAGUCCAACGGACACGACUCUGGCGAAUCCGCUGCAAAGCUUCCGAAUGAAAUGAUCGUGGCCGUCAACUUUGCUCAGUGUACUCUAGCGCUCCGCAGUCAUCGUCUCGAACAGAUGGCAGAGUCGUACCUUGGUCCCAUCACUGCGCACGUAUACGGCGCUCUCCUUCGAGUUCUCGAGGGCAGAGUCAAGGCCAACGACAGAGAUGCCAAAGAAUUUGACGUCGAGGACGAAGAUGAAGAGCUUGACUUACCCACUGCCACUACCGCAGAAGUGGGAGAGAUUCUUGACCAGAGUCUCGAUCUGACACAAUCGAUCCAAGGAGCCGCCGACAUGUACAAAUUGUCAAAUGCGGGAGAUAAGCCAAAGAAGAAACGAAAACCGGUCAAUAAUGAAUUUGCAGACAUUGGCAUCAAGCAGGAAGUCGUCUCUGAAUCGGAAGACGAGGACCAAGUUGGUGGCUAUCAGCAGCGCCAGAAGCGUCUACAUCUGAUUGAUGAGCAUCUGAAGCUCUUACAGGAACACCACAUCGGUUUCUGCAGAAAAAUUGGCAAUGCUGGAGGCGGCGAAUGGAGAGUCAACUUCCCGGCGCUGACCGACACCCUCAUCCAAGCCGACAUUGACACGGUCAUACUGGCCCGCUUCAGCAAAACGCAUAUAAGAAUCGUCCGUCUACUACGAGAGAGAGGUCGGCUGGAAGAAAAGCAAGUUGCCGGAUUUUCCAUGAUGCGUGUCAAAGACGUGCGCACCAUUCUCACCGAGCUCCAAUUCGCUGGCAUUGUUGAAGCGCAAGAACUUCCCAAAGAUGCCGGUCGUGUGCCCAGCCGCACGAUUUUCCUGUGGGCAUACAAUCCAACCCGCGUGUCCAGCAUGUUGCUUCAGCAGACAUAUCAAGCCAUGGCGCGCUGUCUAGCCCGCCUGCGAGUGGAGCGUGAAAACUACAAGGGUGCCAUUGAAAAGGCGAAGAUGAUUGGACCGAAUCAGGAAGCGCUCAGUCAGAUGGAGCGAGAGACACUCAUGCAGUGGCGCGAGGUGGAGGAAAAGUUACUUGUGCAGGUACAGCGCAUGGAUGAGUUUGUUGCACUUCUGCGAGAUUUCAGUGGGAAGGAUACCUCGUUGACGUCGUGA